CGCGCGAAGUCUUUGGCUUUUGAUUCAGUCGCCGUGUAGACACCAAUACGCCUAGUUCUCCUACUUUCGUAGUCUUAAUACGGGUUAAGUGUUUCCACUCGAGUCUCUUCAGUGCUUCCGAAUUUGGAUACUGAUUUCUAUACACUCAUAAUUAUUAACCUGGUCAUAUUAUUGUUUGCACAUUUCAAAUUAAGGGCUGCGUGAAAUUAGGAUGAUUUAAGCGUUAACAAUUCAAAAUGGAGUCGAGAAUAUCACCAGUUUUUGCAUCUGUAAUAUUAGUUUGUUUAAUUUCAUCAACUCAAAGUCAAGUUUUCAUUCCUGAUGGAGCAGCACAAGUGGCAACACCGGUAGUACAAGAUCUUAAUUUGGUAACACAAACCGUUUAUGGUUUCUUAGACUUCACGACGACGAUUGGUAACACUGUAAUGGUAUUUUCACCUCAAAGCUCAUCGGCACCUUUAACAGAAAAGCCUAAAGAUGUGUCAUCCAACGUAAUCGUCGAUAACGCCCCACCAUUAGCCAAUAAUGAAGUAAUCAAUAUACAACCAUCAAAAACUCAGAUUAGCAAAAAAACAGAAAUAAGCCAGAAAGUGGCGUCGAUAGUGCAAGUAAAUCCUGCACCAAAAUUAGUUUCAAGUAAAGUAGAGAUAAAAUCCUCGCCCAUCUCCCAGGUGAAUGCAAUUCAGAGUAAACCCGUACAGAAAGCUCCGAUAAUUAUAAGUAAAGUUGAGGUUAUCGAGGAAACUAAACCCAGUGCAGUGCAUCAAAAUGUAGUCACCAAAGUGGAUGUGGUAACUAAAGCUGCUAAGUCGAUCAUAGCGAGUAAGGUCGAGGUAAUAACAGAGGAAAAACCAACCCGAAGUGUCGUUCAAGUAAAAUCAGACGAGGAAGAUCAGCCGGCCGUGAUUAUCGGAAAUAACAUCGGCGAGCCCGAAUACGAUUUCCUAUCCAGACAACCGUCGGAGGUCGUGGAGGAGACGUACAAAGUAAUAAACUUAAGGCCGAGCUCUAAGUUUCAGUUGAAACCUCGGGCGACGGCCGAACCGAAAAACAAGAAGAACGACCCACAACCUACCGGAUUAGUUUCAAAAAUGGAAGGUAUGGUAGUCCACGAUGGAAUAAUGACGUCUUACGAGACAAGUGUAAUAGGAACUUUCAUUAACGGCAAAUAUGCCCAAGUACUACAAAGUACUUCGCACGUCUAUGGCAGCCCCAAAGACAAGACUUCACCAAAGGCAAAAAUUGCUCCGUCCCAGAGUUUGAGGAUUUUAAAAACUGCUGCACCUACUUUAAAAAGUAACAAGAAGCAACAACACCUGGAACCCACACCGGCCGCUUCCAUUAACGAGGAUGUGUCCAUUGCGGCGGGAGAUGCUUUUAGCGCGCAAAACUCGAUAAAAACCACCAGGAAGCCGGGAAAGAGGUUUAAGAACCGACAAAAGGAGCCCGAAAGUGUGGAACAAAAGCCGGAGAAAGACGCCACUGCUGUUACCGCGACCAGUCAAUCCUACAAAAAGUCAUCGUCGAAAAAUAGAAAUCAGUCUCGAAAUUCCAAACAAAACACCUCACAAAGACAGUCAAAAUCUGGUCGGGGAAAUCGCAAAUCCAACCGUAAAUCAAAGUCUUCCAAAUCCAAAACAACUACAACUCCUCCAACUCCCUACAGCGAAGAAUCAAUAGCGGUGCCAACUGGUAAGCGGUUUUCAGGCAGUGGUGCCAAUAGAAGAAAAGCAGCAAGUAGAACUACCGCCUCUUCUAGCGAAGAGAAAAAUAAUUCUGGAUUUAGUAGAAGGGGUUACAAGCCGAAAAUUCAAACCUCUACUGUUGAGCAAGGUGGGGACGGUGCGUCGACCAGUUUGUACAAGUUUAAAUUAAACAGAACUCCAGGUAGAUGGCAAUAUAAAACCACUCCAAGACCGCGCGUGUCAAUACGCAAACAACCUGAGGACGAAGAAAGUAAUACAAAUAGUACAAGUGAACAUGCUGAAAAGUUACUUAGUGGUAAGCCGGAGGGAAGUGGCAAUAAUAACCAUCAACAGCAACAACAGCAAAACAAUGAGGUUGCUACUCCCCAAGCCAGAUCAGAUGAUGUCGAUAGUCUCGAAGGUUCAGAGUCAAUUGCAACGAUUAUAGAUGAUGACAGUGCCACUGAGAAUAAACUGGAUAGUCCUCAGUUACCCCUGGAAACCCUAAAGGUCGAAAUAUCAACUCCGCCCGACUUCAAGGAUAUCUAUUACGAAAUUGCUACGAUCAAAUCACCGUACACUUUCCAGGCUGGCAACGUAAAAAACACCAGAUACAUAACCGUGACGUCAACGUUCGAAAAGAGCCUGGAAAAGGACCCGGAGCCGACCCCAACUCUCUCGCCUACGGAGCCGUUAACCGAAAACAUCCUCGCUACGACUAACAACUACGCGAAAGAUAACAACUUAGAUUCGAGCAUCGCCACAUUACCACCCAUUUAUCUCGCAUCGGACGUCGCGACGCCGCCCCUCGAAACACUUACAGAGACAUUCAGCACGACGCAGACAAUGCUCAAGACUCACAUUUUGCCGGUAAUACGCGGCGUCAACGACACCACCAUCUCCACUUUAGUGCAGACGUACUUAAUAACUCGGGUAGUUACUGCUACGAAAACACUACCCCCCAUGGAGGCGUAUCAUUUUAACCCCAGUAAGACGCUUAAUGAGUUUAAUAGUCGAUUGGACGAGGCCGGGUCAGAGUUACACUUGGAAUUGGAGUUUGGUGAUAGCAAUGAGCAGGAUGAAGAUGGAAUACCUAGGAGGGCGGUGCUGCCUGCUGACCUAGACCUGGCUAAUAUCGGAACUGAUUUCAAGUUGCCGGAAACCGAUAAGGCUAAGAUCGAAAAGGAGCUGAAGAAUAGAAGGGUGCAGAAAAAGCCUGAUUUAGGUUUGAGCCAAGAACAGUUGCAGCAGUUGGCUUUGUUGAGGCUGCUUAACCCGGCAGCUGCUCAGGGGCAAGUAAUCACCACCUCGAAACCUGUUAUCAAAGUGGAAACUUUAUACGAGACUCAUGUUCUUCCGGUGACACAGGGCCAUAACACGAUUCUAAGCACCAUCUCAAAAGUAAAAGGCACCUUUACAAAAACAGAUUAUGAGUUUGGCACCAGUACGAUCCCUCCAGCUUUUCAACCACCUAUUCCACAAUACCCUCAGUUACCACAAAUACCUCAAAUUCCCCAACUGCCUCAGUUCCCUCAACAACCGCCUGUAAAUCCGUUGUUCCCUCCGCAACCUCAAUUUACAAUCACCUCCUCUCCUGUAACACAAAGCACCAUUAUUACACAAACUAAUAGUAAGGUGCUUAAGUUAACGUUUGGGGCUAAGACAGCACACACGACAGUAUUUUCGACUACAGUAAUACCAACAGUAUUAACGACAUACAUGACGGCAUCGGUACCAGUGGUGGCACCUACAGCGGCGUAUCCUGGAUAUUUUCCUCAACCAUAUCCUCCACCGUAUAACCCGUACGUAGGUUAAAAUAACGUAAGAUACCAGUGAAAGAACUUGCCAAAAAUAAGUGCGGAUAUGAACAAUUCGAUGUGCCGCAAGGGCUUAUUUAUUUUUUGCUUCAAGCGAAAGUGUAUUGUACAUAGAUUGUAAAUGGAUUUUAACAACAAUAAACAAUAACUGAGUUAUUGUCCUUGUAGGGAAGGUACGAGAUUUCAGAACAAAUGGUUUUAAAUUUCUUUUAAAAAAGUUCCUUAGAAUGUAUAAGUUUUGAGCAUUGAUUCUUGGGGCUUUCUUAGGGAUUUAUUUAACAAGAUUAACUUUGCUUGCUUUUCGAUAUAAAAGGAUGCAAAAAUACACUUUACGUUAAAUAUUGUAUUUAGAUCCAUAAAAUAAAUCAUUUUUUUUUUCUUUAAAUAGUGAACUGACUUUGCAAUUAUUUAGGUUAGUUGUACAUAUGUAAUUACUUUAAUUACGUUUAAAUGCAUUUAUUAUUUUAGUGCUUGUAUUAUACCUUUUUAUAUUUUUUAUAGAUAUUUAUGUUAAUGUCAUUUUUUUUAAUAAAGAUAUAAAAAUUAAAGUAAAGAA